AUGGUUCACUUCAGAACAGACAUCGGCGCGACCAACGAGAGUGCCUCUCCAAAUAACGAGAACUAUGCGAAGGAGUUGGAGACAGAUGUUUUGAUCGUUGGGGCUGGUUUUGGUGGCGUGUACUUGAUGCACAAGCUUCGUCAGCUAGGUUACAAGUGCAAGAUUUAUGAAGCGGGCACCGAUCUAGGAGGCAUCUGGCAUUGGAAUUGCUACCCGGGCGCACGAGUCGAUUCACAAGUACCGAUUUACGAGUACUCGAUCCCGGAAAUCUGGAAAGACUGGUACUGGUCAUGCCGAUACCCUGGUACCGACGAGCUCCGCAAGUACUUCGAGCAAGUCGAGAAGAAGCUCGAUAUCAAGAAAGACUGCGCUUUCAAUACUCGCGUGGUCGGUGCUGACUUCGACAAGCCCUCUGGCAAGUGGCACAUCCAAACAGAAGAUGGCCGCACCGCAAAGGCCAAGUACAUGCUCCUAGCACUGGGAUUCGCUGCUAAGCGUCACUUUCCUGACUGGCCUGGCAUGGAGGACUUCGAGGGCGAGAUCCACCACUCUUCGUUCUGGCCCAAUGGCGGCGUCGAUGUCAAGGGCAAGCGUGUUGGCGUCAUCGGUACUGGUUCGACCGGUAUCCAGAUUGCUCAGGAGACUUCCAAGGAGGCAGCUUCAGUGACCAACUUCGUCCGAACUCCAAAUUUGUGCUUGCCAAUGGAACAAAAGCCUCUUACACGAGAAGAGCAAGAUAGGAGAAAGGAGACAGAGUAUGAGACCAUCUUUAAAACCCGUCUGAACACAUUCGCUGGUUUCCAAUACGACUACAUCGAGAAGAACACCUUCGACGAUAGCCCCGAGGAGCGCGAGGCUUUUUACGAGAAACUGUGGCAGAACGGUGGCUUCGAGUUUUGGCUUGCCAACUACAAGGACCUGCUGUUUGAUAACAAGGCCAACAGGGAAGCGUACAAUUUCUGGGCAAAGAAGACCCGCGCAAGGAUUUCAGACCCAGUAAAGCGCGACAUCCUUGCACCCCUGGAACCUGUUCAUGCUUUCGGUACCAAGAGGCCAUCACUCGAGCAGAACUAUUACGAGAUGCUCGACAGACCGGAGAACGUUGUUGUCAAUUGCAAGGCAACACCAAUCGAGAAGUUCACCAAAGAGGGCAUCGUUACGUCUGAUGGCAAGCUGCACAAAUUCGAUGUUAUCGCUCUCGCCACUGGUUUCGACUCGGUGACUGGCGGUAUGAGGAAUAUGGGUCUGCGAAACGUUGACGGCGUCGAGCUAUCAGACACCUGGAAGAGCGGAACAUACACAUACAUGGGUAUGGCCUUAUCUGGUUUCCCCAACAUUUUCUUCCUGUACGGUGCUCAAGGCCCGACUGCCUUUUCCAACGGCCCAACCUGUGUUGAGGUCCAGGGAGACUGGAUCGUCAAGUGCAUGCAGAUGCUACGGGACCAGAAGAUCGAUUACUGUGAUGCCACUCGCCAGGCUGAAGAGGACUGGCGCGAGAAGGUUACAGAACUCUCAGACAAGACUCUAUUCCCCCAGACGGACAGCUGGUAUAUGGGUUCAAACAUCCCCGGGAAAGUCCGCGAACAGCUCAAUUUUGCUGGUGGGUUCCCGCUGUACACCGAGCUAACGCAGAAGUCGUUGAAGAACGGGUUCGAAGGGUUUGUCACCGCCUAG